AUGGGAGGUUGUGCUUCUUCCAUCUGGAAGAAAGCUUUGCCCUGUAAAUGGGUUUAUAAGGUCAAACAACAUGUUGAUGAUAGUAUUGAAAGGCUGAAAGCUCGUCUAGUUAUCAAAGGAGACAUUCAAAGGGAAGGCAUCGACUACACUGAAACUUUCUCUCCGGUGGUCAAAAUGACCAACAUUAGAUGUCUACUGUCUAUUAAUGUCAAGAAAGGGUGGGAUGUUUCACAAUUUGAUGUAAACAAUACGUUUCUACAUGGAGACCUGCAGGAGGAAGUAUACAUGAAGUUCCCUGCCGUUUACAUUGAUGAUAUCUUAAUUACUGGCAAUCAUCCUACUGAAUUAGCAGAACUCAAGGCUUUUCUUCAUUCAGAGUUCAAAAUUAAAGAUCUUGGAUUAAUACACUACUUCCUAGGCAUGGAAAUCUUACGAGAACAAGAUGGUUUUAUCAUUACUCAGAAGAAAUUUAUAGAAGACUUACUAUCUGAGUUUUAUUGCUCCCGUCUCUCCAUGGUGUCUUCUCCACUUGAUCCUUCUUUCAAACUAACAACUAGCUCCAGUUCAUCCCUAGCAGAUGCUUCAAUUUAUCGGCGUCUUGUUGGCAAGUUAAAUUACUUGACACAUACAAGACCCGACCUUUCUUUUACUGUUUUAACUCUAAGUCAAUACAUGCAAAAGCCUUGUCUUGAUCGUUUCAUAACAUCUCUCCGAGUUCUUUGUUAUCUCCGCACUAAUCCAGGGCAGGGGCUGCUUCUGAAUUCAAAGCCCUCUCUUUCUCUUUUGGUUUUUUGCGACGUUGACUGGGCCUCCUGUCGUGAUACUCGUCGGUCUAUCAGUGGGUUCUUUAUCAGCCUAGAGGGAUCCCCGGUCUCAUGA